CCUAGGUCUAUGGUCAACCGCUGAGCCAUGCCAGCCAGGCAGAAAGCACUGUAAAUGAUGUAACAUUCAGGCAAGAUAAGAAUGGUGAUAGCUUUAUUUUAUUUUUUUAGAAUGUAGAAAAAGUGAUAUUUUUUCUAAUAACAGAAGAAAAAAUUUUAAUGGACAGAUAAGUUGGUAAAACUUAAAAGAACCUGGAAGCAGUGGCUUACUAGUUGUAAGGUCUCUUUGUUCUAUGUAAUAAGGGGACUUGACUGUUUUGCAGUGUGUUUUCCUAUAUGACUUCUUUGUAAAAGUCGAUAAAUGUUUUAGGAGGAAAUUUUUUUUUUUAGCUUUUCUUUGUCUUUUAUGACAUUGACAUUUUGGAAGAAUGACAAGACAUUUAUUUAUAGAAUCUUCCUCAAUUUGGGUUUUUCGGGUAGGUCUUUGUGAUCAUAUUUAGGAAAUGGAGUUUGGGCAGAAGUGCUGUAUUAGUGAUGUGUGCUUCUCGGUGGGUCACAUCAGGAGGCACAUGUCCUCUUGUCCUGUUUUCAGUGACAUUCAUUCUGAUCUUUUGAUUAAUGUGGUCUCUGCAGGUUCUUCCACUUAAAAGUUACUGUUUUUCCUUUGGUACUAAGUAAUUUGUGGGGAGAUACUUUGAGACUCAGUAUAAACUGUUUCUCAUGAAACUUGGAUCCACAAAGACUUUAACAUUCUUUGGUAAUUUUGCCAGAAUCGCUCAUUAACUGUUAUUUAUUAUUAUACAGAAAGUAUGCUUCUGUUUUACAGCCCAAGAUUGGUACAAUUUAUUUUUUAGUCACUGUGUUGUACUACAGUAGGCUCACUUAAACCAGCAGUGAAAAUAAGCUUAUAAUAAGUUCCCCUGAAGCUCAGACUCUUGGACGAACACUUUAACUUGUGUGAAAAUUAUUCUAUGAAGUUACAACUUUUAUGAGGUCUUGAAUUAUUUUUUUUUUAUUUGAGGUGUGGGGGGGGAGAUUUGUUGUUCCACUUAUUUAUGUGUUCAUUGCUUGUUUCUUGAAUGUACCCUGACCGAAAUCGACCCACAACCUUGGCAUAUCAGGACGAUGCUCCAACCAACUGAUCUGGCCAGCAAGGGCCUUGAAUUAAUUAUUUCUGAAAUCAUUUAUAUGUACACUAUAAGUAGAUUAUAAGGAAGUAUUUGAGUUAUUUCGAAUGAGCCCUGAAACCGUUAUCUUUGAGUGCACAGAAAAGGUGCAAUAAAUAUUUCAGCAUUAAAUAAUGCUUUAAAAAUUUGUGAAAUUCUAGUGUUUAGAUGCUAUUUCUCAUGGUGUUUUUAAGCCAUGUUGCUAAUAUAAAUAGUAAGCUGACUGUGAAAUCCUGAAGUUUUCCCUAAAACUCACUGUAGAAGUUGAGGCCAGUAUUGCACGUGUCGGGGAAAGUAGUUAUCUAGGUAUUCUAGGGUAUUUUGAUUGCUUUGUUUUUCAGACAAGCCCUCUAACACUUGAUUAACCUGGAGCAGUAAUGAUGCUGUAGAACUUUGAAUCUGGGGGAAUGUGCUGUAAACCUUUGGAGUAAAUGUCGGAAAUGGGGCUCCUCCUCCUGUCCCAUCCUCCCCAGUUGGGAGGGUCCCGAGGAGUAUUCUUGGGACACUGAAGUCACUCCAUUGACUGUAAAAGUUAUUCUUUAGUUGUUUGUUAGCUGUUUAUGCUAAACAAAUUAGCAUGAAUUAGAAAAAUAGAAAAAUACCUAGUUGGCUUACUUUGCAUAGAAAUGAUUAUAAAAAGUAAUCCUUGCUCACCUAGCUUGUGGCCAGGUGAAGAAAAACCUAUAUGUUAAAAGUUACCUAUUAUUAUAUUAUACAUUGGUGUCAAAUACCAAAUGAAAUUAUUUUAUUUCUUCCUUGUAACUCAACAGCCCUUUUUUGAAAGCACUCCUUAAAAUUUUAGACAAUUUAAAUGCACAUAUUCAAUUUUAACUGUCUCAACUCUGUCUCAUGUUAAAUGUGUUACAGGAAUGAAUCUGAAGUCUGCUGCAGGAAAACACUGAAGGCUUUAAAAUGUUUUCUUGCAUAAAACUCAAACUUUAAGUAGCUGCUUAUGAGGAUAGGGAAGGCAGGAAGCUAAUGUCUGUCUCCAGAUACAGGACAGCUCUUUGCUCGUCACCUCAACUGUCCCAAGCAACAGCAGGAAAGAGCCUGACCUAGGGACCUGGGGACUGCUGUACAGAGACAACUACAAAGCAUCCUCAGUACCAUAGGAACCUAACCCAGGUCCUUAUGUGUCUAUCAGCGUGUGCAACAGAGGAACAUGGCUCAGGAAACUAAUCACAGCCAAGUGCCUAUGCUGUGCUCCACUGGCUGCGGAUUUUAUGGAAACCCUCGUACAAAUGGCAUGUGUUCGGUGUGCUACAAAGAACACCUUCAACGGCAGAAUAGCAGUAAUGACAGAAUAAGCCCACCUGAUAAGGUGUUGGACUGUCCAGAGUGCAGAAUCACUAAUAUGAAAUGUGGUACCAUUGCAGCGACUUCUGUCAGUAGUCUGUCUGACUCUUUACCAGUUCAGUGCACAGACGGCAGUGUCCCUGAAGCUCCGUCCACGUUAGACUCUACGUCUUCAUCUAUGCAGCCAAGUCCUGUAUCAAAUCAGUCACUUUUAUCAGAAUCUGUAGCAUCUUCCCAAGUGGACAGUACAUCUGCGGACAAAGCAAUACCUGAAACAGAAGACCUGCAAGCUUCAGUAUCAGAUACGGCACAGCAGCCAUCUGAAGAGCAAAGCAAGUCUCUUGAAAAACCAAAACAGAAAAAGAACCGCUGUUUCAUGUGCAGGAAGAAAGUGGGACUUACUGGGUUUGAAUGCCGGUGUGGAAAUGUUUACUGUGGUGUACACCGUUACUCAGAUGUACACAAUUGCUCUUACAAUUACAAAGCCGAUGCUGCUGAGAAAAUCAGAAAAGAAAAUCCAGUAGUUGUCGGCGAAAAGAUCCAGAAGAUUUGAGCUCCUGCUGGAAUACAAAAUCCUUUGACCAUCUGCAAACUAAAAAUUGACUUGAGGUUUUUUUUCCUAGUCAUUGGGAAUGUAGAGCAUUGUAUCUUGCAUAGACCUUUUAAUCAUGCAUGUCAUCAGAAGAAUAGAUUUUUGUUUUUGUUUUGAAAAUGACUCUGAACAUUUAUUUCCAUUGCAGUUUCUGGGCUGAGAAGAUUUAAGUAAACUUCACAAGUAUUAUCCUUUUAAGAUCAUUUUAAUUUUAGUUGAGUGCAGAGGGCUUUUAUAACAAACUUGGAGAAAUUUUGGAGGGCUGUGAUUUUUUUCCAGUAUUAAACAUGCAUGCGUUAAUCUUGCGGUUUAUUUUCUCAUUGUGUAUGUAUAUAUAGCUUUUCUCUGCAGCACGAUUUCUCUUUUGGUAAUGCCCUCUAGGGCACAGCUAGUUAUCGGUAACUGAAUGUAUCUUAAUCAUUACAGCUGCUUCUGUUUUUUCAUUAACAAAGGUUAUACAUAUGUUAGCAUAUAGUUUCUUUGCACCCACUAUUUAUGUCUGAAUCAUUUGUCAUGGGAGAGAGUGUGCUGAUGAGAUUCUAAGUUUGUGUGUUUUUAAAUUUUUUUUGAGCGAGGGAAGGAAAAGCUGUAUACGCUUCAUUGCUGACUGCAGGUUUCUUUCAGAUGAUGUUCAUCCGUCUGUGUGUACACAAUAUGAAGAAUGAUCUGAAGUAAUUGUGCUGUAUUUAUGUUUAUCCACCCGUCUUUGAUUAAAUAAAAAGGAAAAACCGUA